AUGUACAAAUGCGCCGGCUGCGGAGCCGCACUGUACAAGUCUGAGCAUAAGUUUGACUCCGGUUGCGGUUGGCCUGCCUUCUAUGACGAGAUCGAGGGGGCCGUCAAGCGAAAUGAGGACGUUUCGAUGGGCAUGAGGCGUGUUGAGAUCGUGUGCAGCAAGUGCGAUGGCCAUUUGGGUCAUGUGUUCGAGGGAGAGGUGAGGAAGCACCCCGCUUUUCAAGUGAUGGAGUAG